ACGAGUUCUGUCCCUCUCGUGAUCGUUUCUCGCGCUCGAGCUGAGCUCCCUAUCCGCGAGCGGGAUUCCGUCUUUCUGGUGACUUGGGUCGACUCGGAGAGAAGCGAACAAAGGGUUUCCCCGAGAAAUUGCCUUUUUUGUUGAGUGCUUCCGGUGUAAGCGAUGGAUGUAGUCUGGAGCUUUUCUGCUUUCUUGUUCUCGAACCAAUUGUUAUCUGAUCGAUGGUUUUAGAGUCUACAGGGAUCUCAAACCGUCAGAGGAAGCGGGAGUUUCUUUUUGUGGUUAAAGAUUUCGAACAGUAUGCGGUGGCUGAGUUUCUCGGUUGAUGUUUAUCGGAAAGUUAUUUCCUUGAACUUGUAUUGUAGGGUUAUUCUGUAACGCAUUACCUUUCCCUCUGGUUCUCUUCAUCGACUGCCCUCCUCUCUUUUCUCCAAUCUUGUCCUCGAAACCCCUCUUUCCCUCAGAGCCAGCGAAACCGUGAAGAUUGCAAUUUGGCUGGCAUUUCUCCUACGUCUGGCCUCCUAGAAUAAUCUUAUUGGAAAUUGGAUUUCAUUUGGGUUCUGGGUGGACUGGUCCUGUUCCCGACGAAGAACAGUAGUAAUGGUGUGCCAAGCAGCAACACGAACAACAUUCCGAGCUUUGAAACACGAGAAUGGGAUUGCCGGUAGUACCACCAUAAUCGUUAGGGUCCUUGCUUGCUUCCAACCAUUGCAAGAUUGCCAGGCUGAAUACUUCCGCCACCUCCUGAAACCGGUCACGUAAAUUAGCUUCCUGUUAACAGUUCUCUUCAAUAAAGCUGGGAUUUCUUAUUUUUCUUCCUUUUUCUGGUAAACCCUGUUGUGGAGAUAUUAAUUGGCAUCUACUACUUGCCUAAGGUGAUUAAUUUAAACUUUGUUUUGAUGGGGAAGGAUAUUACUCCUCAUUUUGAUUCACAGCAUCCAUCUUGGCGAUUUAGUCAUAUGAACUCUGCUAGUAAUAUCCAACGGUUUGAUAUCGGGCCUCAGAACGACAAUUCAAUGUUGCUUCCUGCCUGUGUUAAUCCCUAUGGUUGUGUAUUCUCAGUGAAUGCUGCAAAACAAUUCCCUGGUGUCUGCACAAACAAAUCCCUUCAAAAGAUAUCAUCUUUGAUUCCUCCUUUGACCCCAUCUCAAAGGCCUCCUGAAUUUGAUGUGUUGGAGAAGAGGUACUUGGCCUUUGAUCAGUUAAGGGAUGGAAGGAGCUACAUCUUUAGCUCAUCAAGCAUCCCUUAUCCAUUCUUUAAUUCCGUGGACCUAGGUUUCGGUCUGCAAGGCAGCACAGACACCAAUGUUUCCAAUGGGCAUGGGGCGGAAGAGAUGCAUGAAGACACAGAGGAAAUCAAUGCACUGUUGUACUCGGAUUCUGAUGAGGAUCAUGAUGAUGAAGAGGCCAGCACUGGACACUCUCCUGUUGGGGUGACAGGGAGGAGUUUAUCUGAGGUAGCUAGCUCUAUGCUUCCGGCAAAGAGGAGGAGAGUUAACGCGGAUGAAUUCGAUGCAUCACUUGUAGAUACUGCAAGCUCGCAAGUUCUCCACUGCCCUGAUGUUCCUACAGAUCACAGGAACAAAGGGGAUGGUAUACACUCUGAGUCAAGCUGUGUGAAAGGAGGGGAUCACAAUCAGAACGGAGAUGAUGUGCGCAUCAAAAGAGCAAGAAUUCAGGAAACAGUUAGCAUAUUGAGAAGGAUUAUUCCUGGUGGAAAUGGGAAGGAUACAGCCACUGUCCUUGACGUGGCUAUCAGCUAUCUCAAGUCGCUUAAGCUGAAGGCCAAAACUUUGAAUGCUUCUCCUUAGCAGCUACUCCAGCAACAUCUAUAUAUAUAUAUAUAAACCCCCUUCUUCUAAGUGUCAUGGUCACAAAACAAAGGAAGAGGCCAGUGGGUUCUCUCCACACAGCUCCAAUGAUUGAAGGUGUGAAUCGGUACUCUAAAGUCACAGCUUUGGUAGAGUUUUGGCCUUUAAUGGUGGGGGAAGGAGGAUAUGAUGGUCCAAUAAAGCAUGGCUAUUCCUUUGGUAUUUAUGAGUUUGUAUGACGAUUCCAAAUUGAUGCAAAGAGGGUCCAAGAGUAGCUUCUUUUGACUGAAAGGGAAUGAUGGGAAUUCUUAGGAGUGCGCGUGUGUGAUGAAUCUAUAAAGGAAGGCUUGCACACGCCUGUUAUGUUGAGUGGUGAUUGCCACUUUAUCUGUCGUUGUUGGUUUCUUUAGACAAUGGCAGUGCAAAGAAGAAAGGAAAUGUAACCUGGCUAUUAUGUAUAUAACUUUAAUGAUUUCCUGGAGUAUUGUGGAGGUUAAAUUGCUUUUGUUGACAUGGGUGAGCAGGUUACUUCAUUAUUCGGCUUGUAUGGGGCCAUGCUGAAAUAUUUUGGAAGGAAGGGCAUUUGGUUGCAUGAUGAAUGGAUGAGGUUGUGGUCCAUUGAUUGGUUUCUUUCUUCACAAGUGGGAGUCACUGUCGUCAGGAAGCUCUCCGUUCAGCUUUGUGUCGAUUGCUAUGCGGCAAGUUUCUGGGUGCUUGUUCACAUCGACUUUGCGAAACUGUAAUCUGUUCUACAACUCUCGUUGCUGCUGCUGCUGCUUUGCCUUUGCUUUCAGUCUUUUCCCUUGUUGAUAUCGAUGCCAUUGUUUGUGGUCAUCAUAUUUGGCUUCAAGGAUGUUAGUGUAGGCAUCAGUUUGUGCUGUUAGGUUGGCCUGCCAUGGAUGUAAUAAAUGCUGUGGCCUUUAAUUGUAUCGAACAUGUUAUUAUGAUAUAUUGGAAUUUUGCCUUGUGAUUUUUAUCU